AAUUUUCCAAUAGUAUUUUGCCAAUAAAAAAUUUAUGGGGUCAAAUCGGUAAAAUUUCAAAAUUGGGAAGACAGGAAUAGGAUAGAAGUGACCAUAAAACAAAUCCUAAAAGUUGCAGAGAGAACCAAAUCCGGAAAUCCCUACAAAGAGGGCCGCCAUUGUUGUUGUGAGCUUCAAAUUCCAAUUUGUUGCUUAGAUUGAAAAUUCUCAAUGUUGAGUUUCCUUCCCAAACCUCAGUCCCGCCUCCAACGUAUCAUCCUCUCCUUUCUCAAUACCAACUCCAACUGUACUGCUACUAAUGGCACUGGCAGAGCUAACGUCGGCGGCCAUGGAAGUCCAGUUACCCUCAAAUCCUUCUCCACCCUCUCUCUUUCAACCUCUUCCUCUUUGACAGCCGAAGGUCUUAGAGAGGAGCUUUUAAGCGUACCAAGGCCAGUAAAAUCUCUCGGCCUCUCAACUGAGGCUUCCGCGGCGGUGGCGCAGAACAUCGGCCGUGAAACUAGAAACAACACCGACGAUGACGUUGCCCUUUUCAGUCGAUACGGUUUCUCUUCCGAUCAAAUCGAUAAAAUCUUCACAAGAAGCUUCCAGAUCCUCUCAGUGAAAACACUCGAACCCAAGCUCAAAUUCCUCUCCGAUAGCGGAAUGUCCCGCGAAAAUCUGGUUCGAGUCAUCUCCGCCGACCCUCUAAUCCUCAACCGAAGCUUGGAGAAGCAAAUAUCCCCUUGUAUUCGGUUUUUGAAGAGCUUCUACGGCAGCAUCGACCACGUGGUUUCCCUCUUUUUGGUCAAGCGCGGCACUUGGGUUCUCCACCAGUUCUCGGAAACAACAGCGUCCAAUGUCGAAACCCUGCGGAAUCACGGCGUCUCAGAUUACAACAUAGCGAAAAUGUUCGUAAUUCGACCAAAAGCUCUAGCCUGGAGCGUGGACGCAUUCACUGAGCUCGUGAAGGAAGCUAAGAGUCUUGGUUUCAACCCAUCGAGCUUGAUGUUCAUCCAUGGAAUGGCCAGUCUGUCGGGGAUGAGAAAGGACAAAUGGGUGUCCAAAAUCGACGUUUUCAAGAGCUUUGGUUGGUCUGAAGAGCAGAUUCGGGGUCUGAUCGUUAGACAACCACAAGUAAUGGAUGCCUCGGAGGAGAGACUGAAGAGGGCAUUGGAGUUCUUUACCACCCAGUUGAAAUGGGGUCUUAGUGAUUUUUGUAAGUACCCUAAUGUUCUGUUGUUUAGCUUUGAGAAAAGGAUAUUGCCAAGGACUUCAGUGCUUCAGAUUUUGCUUUCGAAACAUCUUAUGGAUAAGAAGAGUAUAGGCACGGCAUUGUUGCUUCCGAAUGACAAGUUCUUGAAAAGAUUUGUUGAGCGUUAUCAAUCGGACAUACCGGAGCUCUUAGACUUGUUUACCAUUACAAAUGUUGAAGAAGAUGUUGUAUGCAGUGGAAACUAAGGUGGCAUCUCUAACUUGUUAUCUCUAUUAAUGGAUAUUUAUUUUUGUUGUAGUUAGUCCCAUUUUUGGACCAUUGGUUUGGGAAUGAUAGAAAUACAGGAUUAUCAAUAAAAAUUUAAAAAAAUAGUAGUUUUUUCUUUUAUCAA